UCACCCCACUCUCCUGUUCUACCCGCGACGGUCCAAGGCGAACGACGAGAGAGUGAGAGUAUCCACACACGCACACGGUACAGCAGGGGCAGACCACAUUUUAAAAGGCAAGGUAGCGCUGGUCCCGUCCGCGACUCAGUCGACUCUUAACCGCUCCACCUGUCACACGCCACAAGUUUCUCUCUCUCUCUCUCUCACGCCAAAGACGCCAAAGUUAUUCUUUUCCCGGGACAACCAGUGCACAUUUCACGCUCCCGUUCCAACAUCUUUUUUUGAGCAUUUCUGCCGUGUGUCGAUGGAUUUUGAUUGAGAUCGAUCACGACUUUUGAUUGUUUGGUGGCAUUUUUUGUCCGUGAUUUCGUCUACGAGAAUUCACGAGAGUAAGAUUGGCUCGACGGUUAAUGGAAUGGCCAAUCACUGUCACAUGUAUCAACACGGAAAUCAGCAGGGACUCGGAAUGGGUUUCUUGCUCAGUGCUGUCAUCGUCAUCUUUGUGUGGGGUGUCGUUUGUUCCGGCUGCGCCGCUUACACCAUCCGACAUCACAACAGCCGGCCCAGUAAUAAAGGCCAUCAACAACUCACCAGCAACUCGGAUGGACCGGCGGAGGAUGCGGAAGUCACGUCGCCAUCAACCGACGAGCUGGACAUUGAUCGUUUUUACUUCCCCACCGACGAGGGUCUCAGAGAGUUCCAGCAAAUUCUCUUACGCGAAUUGGGGCUCACAAAAGUACCCGAUCUCUCCAAGGUGAACAUCACGCGGGACGAGUAUGAUCGACAACGCCACCAGUUGCUGAACUACUUUGAGGAUGAUGAAAUGCAGUUGUCGGCCGAUGAGUACCGCCAAUUCUCCGCCAAUCAGGAAGAAGACGAGCGCCGUGAAACGGUCAUUCUCAAUCAUCGUGAUGUUGGAGCCCUGCGCCGUCACGUUGAGUCACGCGGAGUCGCCUGGAAAUUGCGUUUCCGGGCCCCGUACUCGUCCGAUGGGAGCAGCCGAUUGGAGGCCGAGUCUUCGCAUCCGCUGGAAUUGCACUGGUCCUCUGAUCGAUCUGACUCCAACUCUAUUAGGAUGAAGAAUCCGUUCCGUAGUCUCAGGUCGUGGAAUUUGCACGUCCGGAUCGAAUCCCAUCGCCCUAGCGACAACCGGAACGUUGUAGUGAUCGGCCCGGAUGAUUUGGAAUCAUCUCUGGACGACAGGAGCAGCGCCAGCAACAACAGUAUCAAACCCGAUUUGGGAGCCCGUGGACAAAUGUUGGACGAUUGGUUAAACGAGUUGAACAAUCAAAACAGCAACCAGUUAGACGACGAUCACGUUUUGACCGUGAGCGUUGUCUGCCACGGUCGAGAUUGUCGCUCGCUCAGGCACUGGCGCCUCAGCGCUCAACUCCGCUUGAUGGAAGUCUCAUCCGGCGGCCAGGAAGCUGAUAGCAGCAGCGGCGGCGGCGGCGGCGGCGGUCGAGUCAAACGCCACAUCGGCAAAAAGAAUGCGGUGAAGAGCAACAAGAACAACAACAGCAACAACAAUUCGAGCAACAAGAAACGAACGGCUCCUCAACCCAAGGACAUUCUUCUUGGCCAGUACUCGGGGCCAGCCAAGAAGGGCAAAUCCGGCGGAAGUGACUGUUCCAGCAACACCAAAAAGAGUAAGAAAUGUUGCCCGCAUUCGCUCAAGAUCAACUUCCGCCAGCUGCCCGGAUUCGAUUGGAUACUCGAGCCAAGCGAAAUCGACAUCUUCAUGUGCAAAGGCGAUUGCCACUACGCCCAGUUCACCAGUCAGCACCAGCACGCCGUGACUAACCCGGCCAGCAACCACGCCCUGUUCCAGGGCUACUUGCACACCAUCAACAAGCGCCUCGUGCCCAAACUGUGCUGCACGCCGAGCAAAUUGGACAGCGUUCAGGUCGUCCACUACGAUCAGGAAAAUCCGGCCCAGUUGACCACAACCAAAUGGGAAGGAGCCAUCGUCAAGGAAUGCGCCUGUGCUUGAUUAUCUCUUUCUCUGAGCCCUAUACUUGAAUAUUUUUUUUUCUUUGAAAAAAAUAUUUAAUCGUAUCAUUUUUUUUUCACGAAAAAAAUUCCAGAACAAACAAAAAAAGAAAAAAAAAACGAAAAAAAAAUUUGUCGCUCGAAUUCCCCAAACAAAAACAAAUUUGCUAUUUAUUUCCCCCAUUCUGUGCUGCCCCCCCCCAUCCAAAAGUCUCUCUCAGGCUAUAUAUGAUGCGUCACCAGUGAUGAGCGUGUCGUCCUAUACGGUGUUACGAAUGUUCGUUAUUUGAAGGAAGGAAAGACUAGUCGUUUUUUUUUUAAAUUUCCCUUGGUUUUCUGAUGAUGUAAAUGAGCACUAAAUAUUUUUACCUCUUCCAGGCCAAUUGCUAAUUGUCGUGUUAAUGAAAUUCAGUGUCCUAUUUUUUGACGACCUAGUGGGCGCAUUUAAAAAUUUGGAACAAAAAAGAGGCAAACUGAAAAGAAAAAGAAAAAAUAUGUCCCCGAUAUGUCAGUUAAAAUAUAUGUAUUCGUGUGUAAAUGAAAGGAGAACAUCAUAUUUUUGUACAGCAAAAACCAAGCGAACAAGGUCAACCGUUCUAAUUUAUAAAUUUGUGGCCCGCUCGUCGAUGACGUAUUUUGACAUUUCAUUUAUUUUCCUUUCGAAUCAAUCUAAUAUAUCCCUCUGUGUGUGUCUCAAAACCACCACCACUGUUGGAUACACCGCCAAUUGAUCUGUAUCUGAUUUUGUGAUGCUGAGUGUCCCAUCAUCAACAACUAUCUCUGAACAAACAAAAACCCAAUUUCUCCCGACUACUAUUUUCACUCUUUUUUCUAUACGACAUUUUUGUAAAAAUUCUCUUUUUAAAAAACAAACUGUUCAUGUAUAUAUCCUUUUAUUAUUAUUCAACACAAAAAAUCAAUUGAAAAAAAAAAGAAAAAAAAAGGAAAUUUUGUAACUUUUUUCAUCAAAAAAAAAAAGAUGUUUUUGUACUUUUGUACUUUUUGUAAGUUUUUUGUACUACCGUGUAAAUAAGAAAAGAAUUGUUUUUUUUUCGGUGAACACCCCUGAUAUUUCACCAACCGGUUGUGUCUGGAUGUGUGAUAUUACAUAAGAGCUGAUAUACACACAAAUAUGUUUCGUGUCGUUUAAAA